CCCAAUAUCGAAACAAAAAUUAAACACAAUAAUAAAAUCUCUCCCAAACCCUAAUCAUCAAAUUUUUAUAAGAUACAAUCGAUGUUGUCGAGGAUCAUAUACUGCACAGCAGUGGUUCUUGCCACAGCAGUCGUCAUCCUCCUCGCCCUCUUCUCUCCCCAACCCUACACAACCAACCCCACAGGCCCUCUCCUCGCCCUCUCUUUCUACAUCCAACAACCCCACUUCACCCCCCGCCCCACGGCGGCGGCGCCGCCGCCGCCGGACGCCGCGUUGAUCUUCCACCGGACGCUGACGGAAGGGCCGGAGAACACGUCGCGUGUUGUCGGGAAUGCCCAGGGUUUUAUCAUCCCUGUCGAAAGUUUUGCCCAUUCUGCUUUCAACAUUGUCUAUUUGACUUUUCAGACAGAGGAAUUUUCCGGCAGCGUCAGCGUCGAGGCCAAGAAUUAUUUGGCCCACAAAGAGGAUGAUGAGAUCAAGAAGAUGGACGUUGUCGGGGGCACAGGGGCUUUUGCAUUUGCUCGAGGACAUGCUUUUUUUGCAAAGGAGGAUAAUUUGGCUGCCAGUUAUGUAAUAAAAUUGCACCUCAAAUUCCCUGUCGACAGAUCCUAUGUUAUUCCAGGAUAGGAGAGUUCAUUCUUGUUCUUGGGCACUACAAAUAGCUUAUGUAGAGAUCGAAUUAUGUUCCGGGUCAAAGAAUUAAUGAGAAAUUAAUUAAUUUUGGAUAGGGGUUUUGAUUUUUUUGACAAUUCUUGGAGGUUAUUGGAUAUGGGUAUGACUAUAUCUGAGUGUAAGAGGAAGUGAGAUGAAAAAAAGUAAUUCCUGGAAACUCCAUGGACCUGAACGCC